AUGAGCAUCGAUUACGCCGGCUUCCCCCACCUCGUCGAGGAGAUCAUCGACCUAGCCGACCCCGAUGCUUUGGGUACGCUCCGUCUCGUGAGCCGUGCGGUGCGGACGAGGGUAGACCGGCGGCUCCAGUACCACUUAAUCUUGGCCGACAACCGGCACAGCGCCUACAUAACGCCGAUAUGGAGCGACGACUGGCUCGAACUGCCGUCAAGCGCUCGUAUUCUCGAUCUGUACAAGCACCACCCGAAGUUUCAGACGAGCCGCUUCGACUUCCCGAACGCGGUGAAUGCGAAAGAGCGCUACCCGCGCCUGAAAUGCGACUACCCAAUGCUAAAGUACAUCCGCUUCAUGGAGAGUCCGGACGUCGCCGCUCCGUUCGACCCAGAUAGCCCACCGACGUUGAUCCUUCCUGUCAGGCUGUGGCAGAAUCAGGAGUACUACGAUAAUGGGCCACUUUUCGUGCCGGAACAGUGCACGAGUGUUCAGGUCGACGCACGCAAGGCCGUCUUCGUACUCCGCUGCACGCCAGGACAGGGCUACAUCAAGUUCCGCUUCUAUACGCCGAUCAAGUUCAUCGUGGUCGUUGUCCUUCCAGGACAUCAGCCGCCUGCUCGAGUCUGGCCGAAUGAGGACCCUCGCCGAUUACCAGUCGUGAACAGCCUGGUGGAAGCGAUCGUCGACGGGAUGAACAUGCCGCACACGAAAGGGGCACGAUGGAUAAUCGCCGGGCUAGAGACGUGGGAAAAGGGCGGGCAGGGAUAUGAGGUUGCGCUCGCUGACGAGCUCUCGUGGCCUGAGCGACUGAAAGAGCUCGUGCUGCGGGAAGGGCGCUGGAUCAUGGACUGGGAUGAGCCAAUGGUGCGCAGAGUAACGUCACAGAUGACGUUCUUGACGCUCGAAGACUGGAGGAGGGCAGUCGGUGAGGAGGAGUGGGAGCUCGUCACCGGCGCCUACACGUAG